AUGGACUGUGAUCAUGCGACGAUCCUUCGCCAUCUUCAUUCGAUGGAAUACACUCAGAAACUUGGAUCAUGGGUACCUCAUGAACUCACGGAAGAAACGAAGGCAAGUCGCCUCCGAAUCGCAGCGCAAAAUCUCGCUCGACAUCGCGCUACACAUGACCACAGGAACCGAUUUCUCCACAGAAUCAUCACAGGAGAUGAAAAAUGGUGUCUCUAUGCUAACGUCAAACAACGGAAACAAUGGAUCUGUGCAGGAGACACACCAACACCCAGAGUGAGACAAGACCUUCAUCCCGAUGAAAUCAUGCUUUGCGUUUGGUGGGACUGGGAGGGCAUCGGGCAUUGGGAAACUCUCGAGAAGAACCAGACGGUCGACAAGGACCUUUACGUGGCUCAACUGCGUCGAGUUAAUGAGGCUCUUCAGUUGAAAAGGCGCAACCGAGAAGGACAA